GCCAUGGCCGGACCGGGGCCCGGCCCGGGACCGGGACCGUACCGCGCCACGAGGCUGUGGAACGAGGUCACCCGCUGCUUCCGAGCGGGGAUGCCCGUGCGGCGGCACCGGCAGCGGCUCCGCUCGUACGGGAACUGCUUCAGCGCCGCCGAGGCCGCGGACUGGCUGCACCCAGUGCUCCGCAGCCACAGCAGCUUCGGGCCCGACGUCACCCGGCAGCAAACGGUGCAGCUCCUGCGGAAAUUCCUCAAAAAUCACGUUAUCGAGGACAUCAAGGGCAGGUGGGGAGCUGAAAACCUGGAGGACAACGGUGCCCUGUACAGGUUUCCUCCAACAUCUCCAGUCAAACCUCUACCAAGCCCACCAAGGGAGAACUUGGAAAACUUCCCUGGAGACAAAGGAAAACUUUUUAAACUGCCCAGUUCAUCCAAGAGGACUUGGAAAAAACAGGAGUUCCUGCAGUCUCUGGAAAACUUAGCAAGACCAAAACCUGAUUUAACAGAAGUAAAGAAGGAAGACCCACUGCAAAGGAGGGAAAUAAGCCAGGAAUAUGUGCAAGAAACAUGGAGAAAUAUUAUCCGGAUACAUCUGCAAACCAUUUUGGGACUGCCCUCGUUGGAGGAGGUUCUGCAGCCAGCCCAGAUCAUCCCUGAGUUUGUCAUGUACAACAUGAACAACACCAGCAAGCACGGGGUGGUGAUCCUGCAGGACAAAGCAGAAGACCUCCCUCACUGGGUGCUGUCAGCCAUGAAGUGCUUGGCCUACUGGCCCAGGAACAAUGACAUGAGCCAAGCCACCUACAGUGGCUUUGAGCGGGACGUGUUCAGAACAGUUGCUGAUUAUUUUCUCAGUCUUCCUGAGCCAUUGCUUACUUUUGAAUACUAUGAGCUCUUUGUUAAUAUCUUAGUUAUGUGUGGCUACAUCCAAAUUCCUGAUCUGGGCAGUGGAAAACGUUCUGUCCAAGAGGAGAAAUGUGACCCUCAGCCUUCAAAAACUCCUCACUUGAACUCUUUCAAGUCCACUGAGUGUCUUCUCCUAAGCCUGCUCCUCAAAGAGCCUGAUGAGGAGGAGAAAGGAGGAGCUUCCAGGAGGUUUUCCUCGGAAGAACUGAGUGCCCAAAACCACCGUGGAAAGAAAUGGCAGCAGCACAAACUGCCACAUCAGCAAGGGAGUGCUGGGAACACGAUAGGAGGCAGCUGCCAGAACCUUGCAGGAUUCAGGAAUGACCAAAAGCCACCUGGAGCAUUUAGGACAAGGUGUUACUCCUUGGAAAGAAUUGGAGCUGCUGCUUCAAGCGUGUGUAAUAGAGGAGGAAGCGGUGCCCUGAGGGGAGGUGGCGUGAGCACCAUGGCGAGAGGAGAACUGCCAGAGGAGCACAAAGCGACCUCGCUGCUGGAGCUGGGCUGGCAUAGCUCAGGUCAAAGCCAGAGCCACGGCCUCAGGAGAGUGCCUGCCCCAUGUCCCGGGGCUGGGGAGCUGGGGGAUGGCAGCUCCUGGGGAAAGCUGAGCCUGCUGGGCAGGAGCAGCUCCCGGAGCUGCGGGGCCAUCGACAGAGCCAGCGCUGAGACCACGGGGCAGCCACGGCCUCAGCCCCGCGGGCAAGGACGAGCCACCCCCUCCGUGGGCAGCAGGACUGAGGGCUGUGCCAUCAGCAUCCCCAAGAGACUCUGCAGGAGCAGCACAGCGCUGUCACAACGCUCUGUCCCCCCCUCCCCCUGUGUGCUGGCUGGCACAAAUCUCCUGCAGCCUCACCUGGAAAGAAUUGCAGUGGAAGCUCUGCAGAUCUGCUGCUUGCUGCUGCCACCCCCGAACCGCAGGAAGCUGCAGCUGCUGCUGAGGAUGAUGGCCAGGAUCAGUGGCAAUGUUGACAUGCCACGGCUGCACGAUGCCAUGGGCACCAGGUCCUUGCUGAUCCAGACGUUUUCCCGCUGUGUCCUGCGCUGUGCAGAGGAGGAGGACCUGGAUGAGCUGCUUUCCUCACGCUUGGUCUCCUUCCUGAUGGACCAUCAGCAGGAAAUAUUCCAAGUCCCAACUUACCUGCAGGUUGCAGUGUGGGAUCACCUCCAGUACAUGAAGGCGGCUCAGCGCAAACAGGAAAAAGAAGAAAUUUGCGCCAUCUUGCCAACGUAUUCCUACUGCAAACAAAUCACUCCUCAGGAGUUUGAAGAACAAAAGGUCUCCACCUCGCAGGCUGCAAUGGCAGAGCUCCUGGAGAACAUCAUCAAGGAUAAAAACCUCUCUGUGAAGGACAAAAAGAAAAAGUUAAAACAGUUCCAGAAGGAAUAUCCCCAGAUCUACGGGAGCAGGUUCCCAGCGACGGAGGCGGAAGCGCUGCUCCUGGAGAACAAACCCACCAUCAAACAGCCCUUGCUGAGCCUCAGGAAAGCCAAAUUUCGCAGCCUCAGGUACUGAUCUCACCACUCCUGAGCAGUUUCUCCCUGCUGGAAGUCUGAGAGGGAAUCACCAAAGGAAUUGCUGCGGGAGCUUGGUGGUGGCUGUGCUGCAGAAGGAGGAAAUGUUUACAUGGACACUGUGCUGGAAGGUGCCAAAAUAUCUUUUUUUAUUGUGCAGAUACCUUGGAAUAACUUCUAAAAGAAAAAAAAAAUAUUUAUCUGUUUACAAAUUAUUACAAUAUAUUGGAGUAGGAAAAUGUGAAAAUACACAUAAAGCUGUUGUUAACCAAAAAUUUAUAUAUGGUUUUUUAUGGGAAACUAAUGACCUGCCUCCUGUUUUAAUCUUUAAGUGUCUGGUUGGGAAUUUGUGCCAUUAUUGUAGCUCUUAUGUGUGUGUGUGUUGUGACUAAGUGCCUUUUCUAUUCUCAAAAUGUUUGUCUUUAAACAAAGGAGCUUCUAUGAGUUCAGGACUGGAGAGCCAGUUCACCAUAAAUAAAUGAUUAUCUCACUCCAUAAA